AUGACGGAUAUCUUAGAACGGUUAGCAGAGCGACAGGGUCCAAGAUCUGUUAACCAACCCGGGGCUCAGAAUAAAGGAGAUGAUAGAACUUUGGAGAGAUUUUUGAAAUUUGCUCCACCUAAAUUUAUUGAAGGGCCUGACCCCGAGUUAGAGGAAAACUGGCUAGAGAGAAUAACCAAUAUAUUUGCCGUCUUAGACUAUACUAAGGAAAGGCCUUCGCUGCCUUCCAAUUUAAGGGUGCAGCACAAACGGGAGGACGAAUUCGUAAAAUUGAGACGGGGGGCUUCUAGCGUGGCCGAUUAUGAGGGAAGAUUUAUUAAACUUUCUAAGUACGCUCCGAAAUUGGUGGCUAAUGAACGGAGAAGGAUAAGGCGCUUUGUACAAGGACUUAAUGUGGAGAUUCAAGAGGGAUUAGCAGCAACCCAAAUCUCUACAUUCACGGAAGUCCUAGAGAAAGCACAGAGAGUCGAAAAUGCAAGGUUGCAAGUUAGGAACUUUCAUGCCAAGAAAAAGGGCGCUCCUAGUCAUCCUUCUGGACAAAUAAGUAAGAGUGUCACACCUCCUAAAAUGGGAAGAGGAGCGAGCAGAUUGAUGACCACUGGAGCACGAAGAAGGGCCUUAUCAAGAGGAGGCCGCACUGGGCAAGGUCAAGCGAGAGGAAUACACUCUGGUGGUCAAGCAGUGACUCCUCAAGUUAGUUGUGGCUACUGUAGCAAGUCCAUUCAUGUAGAAAAUGAUUGUUGGAGGAAAUCAAAAAAGUGCUUGUACUGUGACAGUGCCGAGCACCAACUCUCAAAUUGUCCAAGUGUGCCGAAAGUAGGAGGUAGUACUCAACAGCCAGAGAAGCCAACCUCUAAGCAGUCUAGUGCUGGAAGGAGUCGACCUAAAGUGCCAGCUAGAAUUUAUGCAUUGGACCAUCAACAGAUUCUUGAUUCCACUGAGAUAGUUGAAGGUAUGAUCCCUAUUUUUCACCGUUAG